UUUGCCCUUUGCACAAAAGCCAGCGGCAGGGAUGUUUGAGUCGGGUCACCUACAGCCAGCAGCUUCGUGCAGCCGGUGAGAACCUGCGUGAACGAGCGCGCGCCCGGCUCGCACUGACUUCGGACGCACUCGGCAGCAGCGGACAUGUCUGGUUCGGUCUCCCGGCUCUUACUGGUCCCUUACUGGCGCGCAGCGGCCGCAGCCGUGCGGCUACCGAGCAGGACCCCGCUGGUCAUCCGCACUGUGGCCACAACUCCAGGCCUGCAAUCUCUCACCCGAUAUAACAAGACCACAGAUUGGCAAAAGAAACUGACCCCAGAACAGUAUGUAGUGACCAGAGAGAGAGGGACUGAAGUGCCCUUUAGUGGGAUCUACCUUAACCAUUCUGAAGUUGGGAUGUACCACUGUGUUUGCUGUGAGGCUCCACUUUUUAGUUCAGAGGCUAAGUAUGACUCGGGGACCGGCUGGCCUGCAUUCAAAGAAGCUCAUGGGACAUGGGAGCGGGAUGAAAGCCACGCCUCCAUCAUUCGUCGCCCUGACAACAGCCUGGGUAGUGCUGGGACCGAGGUUCUUUGUAAAAAUUGUGAUUCCCACCUGGGUCACGUGUUUGAUGAUGGACCGGACCCGACUGGUCAGCGGUUCUGUAUUAACAGUGUGGCCCUCGCGUUUAAACCCAGAGAAAACAACAAACCUGACAUUGAUUAGCACUGAGACCUGAACCGAAAAGAGAAAUACAUGUUUCCUUUCAAAGUCCUCCUUAAAGUUCAUUUAGGUGGCGAAAUGAUGGGUCACAUGAACUGCAUUCAAUGGUUUGGACCUAAACAUGUUUGCAAGUGAGAAGCUUUAUGUGGAGAUUAUUAUUAUUAUUAAUUAUUGAAUUUCAAACAUCCUGGUGUUUAUUAAACUGGUAAAAAAAAAUAACAUCAGUCUCUUGUUAAGUAAAAGUUUAUGUAUGCACUGGAAGGUCUACAUACAGAACAUACUUUACAUUGUUGACACAAACUCAAACUUCAGAUCAGCUCCUUCAAUUGAGAUACUUCCCCCCCAAAAAGUUAAUUAAAGUUUUGUUGAUGUCGUAAUUUUGUUUAAAAAAAUACCUUUAUGAAUGUCUUAAUGUCAGAUUCACAAAUGGCUUUUUGCUAAGUAUUUUUGAACAUUUUAACUUACAGGGGCUUAGAAAUGAAAAUCUGUUAAUGUGUAUGAAAAAUAUAAAAGAAUGGGUUAAAACAUGAAUGUAAUUCGGUGUCUGUUAAAUUGUAAAGUUGUGUGGGGAUGUGCAAAUUAAAGAGUCUGAGUCAGCUGGA